AGGCGGGACUUCCUCCCCGGAAGUGACCCACGUGCUUCCGCCUGACCCUACCUGGGCACCCGGUGAAUUUCCAGUGUUUACCCGAAGUUGGGGACACCAGGGGCACUGUGACAGACCCCCGGCCGUGGUCUAGGAGGCCAGAAGGAGAUCCCCUCGACCGUUCGGGGCUGAAAUGGACCCACUCAGGGCCCAGCAGCUGGCAGCAGAGCUGGAGGUAGAGAUGAUGGCUGAUAUGUACAACAGAAUGACCAGUGCCUGCCACCGGAAGUGCGUGCCUCCCCACUACAAGGAAGCAGAACUGUCCAAGGGCGAGUCUGUGUGCUUGGACCGGUGCGUCUCCAAAUACCUGGAUAUCCAUGAGCGGAUGGGCAAAAAGCUCACAGAGUUAUCUAUGCAGGACGAAGAGCUGAUGAAGAGGGUGCAGCAGAGCUCUGGGCCUGCGUGAGGCCCCAGACAGUACACCCCAAGGUGCACCCUGUCCCCUCCCACUUGUCUAAUAAACAUGCCCCUGUUGGGUGUCAUCUGGGAAGAUGGCCGGGCCUACGCUCUUUCUGGAGAGUCUCCAGGUGCCUGGAGUAUGAUAGAGCUCUGUCCUGGUCAAAGAAGGGGUAUUUGUCACACUGGAAUGUGACCGUAUACGUGUGUGUGUGUGUAUAUACAUAUAUAUGUUAUGUAUUAAAACAAGUUUGUUGACUCCUACAGUGUACAAA